CGCCUGAAUAUUACAUGUGUUAUUAAUAAUCGUACAAGAAUGUUUUCGUCUGGUGGUAAUGGCGGCCCAAAUGUACGCGUAGUUUUUAAUCACAGAACAGCAUUACAUACCGGCACGACGGGCAACUUCAAUUAGGGUCCGUGGACAUUCGUGACGUCAGUCCUACAACUUUAGCGGCUGUCGCCGGUCGGACGAAAAUUUUAAAAUGAUACAAAAGUUAAUUGGACCUAGAUAUUUGACCAUUGCCAAGACGUGGGUCCCCACAAUGGCUGUUUGGGGUACCGUCGGAGGUGUAGCGCUCGUGCACUUCACAGAUUGGAGGCUCGUUCUCGAUUACGUGCCGUACAUUAACGGAAAGUUCAAGAAGGACGAGUAGACACGAUGUGAUUUAAAAACGGGAAAAGGAGGUGCUGCAGGAGGUUGGGCUGGGGUAGCGGUCUUCCUCUGUGCCCUCCCCCCCCCCCCCCCCCCCCAGCAGGGCUCGUCAUCACUUCGACUUGGAACAAGAGGAGUCCUGUUUACACUGAUCCUGUACUGUUGCUGUUUCUGUUUUUUUUUAUGUAGCUAAGUGUACUUUUAACCCGGUCCCAGAAAUCUGCAAGGCUUUUAAAAUGUCUUUUUGUGUGGAAAAAUGGAUCAAAAGUGCUGCAAUCAGUCGCUGCACAGAACCAAGAGAAGGAGGAGUUAAGAAAUGCUGGUUUUGCCUCUUCUUUUUAGUUCCACUCCUCUAUGUGUGAAGCUUUUGUACCUCAGAAUUCUGCAUUAUAGUGCAAAAUUAAACAAAAUUUAAAAAAAGGAUGGAGAAACGGAAAGAUGGAGAAAUUGUGGCAACCUCACUGACUGCAUGCUAAACUGGAGUUUUCCCCACCAUGGUUGGGGUCACCUUGAUUUCCAUUUGAGUGCUCGUAACAUGAAUUGCCUCAUUUUGCCGAACUCUAUCGCCUCAUUUGAUUGAAAUAAAGUCUUUGGACACAUCUAUGA